CACUUUCCUAGUUAACAUUUCCGCAAUUUUCCAAAUCCUUUUUCUCUGUCAUGUACAGGAGAGUAACAACUAAAUAAUACAUGUUUGUGUUUUGAAUGGUGUUGGAAGAUGAAUCCUCUCACUAAUGUCAAAAAUAUAACUAAAUUAAAUGAAACUGAAUUAGCAAAAGGAACAAUUGACAAGAAAUCAUGGCAUGAUUUGUACAAAGAUAGUGCUUGGAUUUUUAUCGGCGGAUUAGCAUAUGGUUUGACUGAAGGUGAUAUUAUCACAGUGUUUUCUCAGUAUGGUGAAAUUGUGAAUAUUAAUUUAGUUAGAGACAAGAAGACUGGAAAAACAAAGGGAUUCUGCUUCCUUUGCUAUGCCAAUCAAAAAAGUACUGUAUUGGCAGUUGACAAUUUCAAUGGGAUAAAGCUAUGUGGUCGUACCAUACGAGUGGAUCAUGUUGCAAACUAUAAACCUCCAAAAGAAAAUGAGCAUGAUGAUGAACUUACAAAAAUGCUAAAAUCAGAAGGCUGUGCUCCUAAACUUAUCAAGCAAGAACCACCAGAUAAUCGCACAGAAGAAAAACACAAAAAGAAAAAGUCAAAGAAAGAGAAAAAACACAAAAAGAAAAAGAAGCAAAGUGAAACUGAUUCCCCAAUCCAUAUAAAAGUAGAAAUGCAAGAUCCAUCUUAUGAUAGCUCAAAUGUAAGAACUGAAUGUACUGAGCAAAAUCGAAGAAGUGCCAAAGAAAUGUAUGCUAAGGAUCUUAAAAGACUUGAAAAAUUACAGCAGGAGAGUGAGAGUGAUGCAGAUGAUAUGUCUAAAUCCAGAAAUAAAAAUAAAUGCAGGGAAGUUAGUUCUAGUAGAUAUGAAAAUUAUGAAUUUCCCUCUAGCACUAAAAGUGAUAAUCAUAGGAACAGUUCUCCACAGAGGAAAAAAUCUGAUAAAUCUCACAAUAAGCACCAUACUUUGAAAAACUCAAAAUCUUCUAAAGGACUGACAGGAAAGAAUGCUUUUAUAUUAUCUUCAGAAGAAAAAUAUGAGACACAUAAGAAUAUCCAGAAGAAAAAAGGUAAAAGAGACUAUCACAAUGAGCCAUCAAGCUCUUCCACAGAUUCUGACUCUGGAAGUCGAGAUAAGUAUUCACAUAAAAAAGAUGCAAAGAAACAUAAAAGACAUGAUACUUCUUCCAGUUCAGAAUCUUCUCAAGAGAGACAGUUUCAUUUUAAAAAUUUGAGAGAUAAUCAACUUCGUGAAAAGAAAAGAUAUAAAUCUCAUGAAAAUGAAAAAUACAGUGCCGACUCUCAUAGGAGGUAUGAUUAUAAUAAGCACUAUGAUAAAGAAGAAAAGUCUCACACUAACAAGCACCGGCAAUAUUCAACAACUAGUGAGGUGAAUAAAAAUGGUGCACUUAGUUGCCAUGAUAAAUACAAAAGUGUAAAUAAAAGGACAAGCAGAAAUGAUGAUUAUGACCAGUAUAACCAUUCUGUAAACAGAAAAAAACAUUGUCGUAAUCAAAAUACAGAGAGAUAAAUAUAAUACGUCAUGAGGUUAAAAAAGUGAAAUUUCUCAUACGGUAUACAUUCAUGGACAGAAAUAAGCAUAUAAUCGUAAAUAAUGAGAUAAGUGUGCUAUAUCAUUGUAUUUAUGAGUAGCUUAUCCAAUAUUUGCUCAUUCAAAUGUAAAAAUUACCAGUUUUUAUAAUUUAAUUAAUAAACUGUAAGAUAAUGUUUUGUUAUAAAUAUUCUUUUUCUCCAAUA